GUGGCCCAUGUCCGGCUACUUUCAACCUCCCUGUCCAGCUACAAUACACGAGGACAUGCCAGGCAGAGCUCAGACGACCUUAUAAAAGACCUCGAGUACCAGCUAGGGAGUACAACAGUCGAAUACCUGCAAGUCCGUGUGACAUAUCGGCAUUCGGGAUUUCCACAGCAACAUGGUCCGCCGUCGUUGUACAACACGGCAGUAGAUGGAGUCGUCGGUGUGCAGACCACGAUGAAAACGACUGCCGUAGCGGUCAUAAAGCGACACAAUUCAUCGUCGCCGUGGUCUCCUCGCUCUGCUCCCCAGCCGAAUCCCCUGUUCGAAAUCAUCGCCUCGCAUUAGGGCCCCGAGAGCGCUAGAAACGUCAUGCACCGCAUCGCCAGCUCGUUGUCUACCACGUCGCGAAAGCCUGCGAUUCUUCCGCCAGCAUUGAGUCUACUUGCGCCCCCAGCCCCAGCAAACCCUCUGGACUGGGGUCCAUCAAGGACAAGCGAGGAGACAGUCCGGCCGGCACCUACACGUGUGGCGCCUCCUAUCCCGAGGCGGAAGACGAGCCUCCAUCAGCCAUCGUCGUCGUUCUCGUUUCCAGCAAGCCCAGGCAUCAGGACAUCCCCGGUGCUGGUGCCGCCGCCUCCUCCGCCACUCGCGCCGCCGCCGCCGCCGCCGAAAGAUUCAGUCGCCGUGAUUGUCGAUGAUGAUCUAGACGAUUACUCGUACUCGGAGGACCCGGCGCGUAAAAUCUGGAGUCAGAUGCGCCGCACCUCGACAAGUGGCCGACCAAGCUACCACGUUCGCCAUAUCAAGCGCGUCCCCCCUGGCGUAUCACCCGCCGCUGCCGCUGCCGCCGUCACCGGAAGCUCUGCCAAGACGUCAAACACAGUAGCAAAUGCUCCCUCCGGGGCGCUGCCGGCACCAUCUUCAGUUUCGUCUUCCUCGUCGCGCUGGUCACCCGAGCCUAUCAUCACGUCUUCUGGACGCGCUGCUAGGUAUAGCAACAGCAACAACAGUCAUAAUAGCAACAAGGCAGAGCCGUCACACGCCGCCGUUGCCAGGGAGCGUGCUCUCCGGAGCAGGAGAUCAGUAGGAGUCGACAUGCUGCGGAGGAGCGGAAUGGAGCCUAUUGCUACUAGUUCUUAUCCGUCUCCUUCUGUAUCCGUUUCUUCAUCUGCUGGUGCGAGGAGCAUCGUCCCUACCCCAGACCAUCGCUCCAGCGCCCCGGUAGCCACCGUCACCUCAAUCAGUGCCACUGCGCCGGCUCUGGCGACGGGCGCGAGGCGGGCGCAGGCGGGUAAUGGCCUACCUCGGCCGAGGCCCGAUCCCGGCAAUUGCUAUGGAUAUAGCAGCAGUACUGCUAGCAGCAGGACUGCUGCCGCCACAGCUGGAACGUUUGGGCCGCGCGCCGCUGGGAGUGGCGGCGCUUCGGCUGGAGGGCGGUGGGAAGGCAUUGUUAGCAGUAGUGAUAGAACUUCUCCUAGUACUACCGGCAGUGGCAACGACAACAGAAAUGGGGAUGGGAUUGGUGGCAAGGUAAGGAAAGACAAGGACAGCAACAAGGACUUGGGGCGCUGGGCAUGGCCGAAUUGGUGGCAAUGAGGAGCUAAAGAAAAGAAUAAUCGAAUAGCAAAUUUAUAAAAAGAAGAAAUUGUGCUGUAAUUAGUAGCUUGAAUUUUCUUUUGUUCGUGUCUGUCUGUCUGUCAUGGUGGUUGAGGUUUUUGUUGGCUCAGUGGUUUUUUUUAAAAAAAAAAAAUUCCAUGGAUCUGGCUUAAGCAGAUAGCUUACGAGGGCUUGAGGACGGACGAGAUGGCGAUAAUAAUGCCCCUGAAAAUCAACUUUACUUAUAUGUUUCUCUUUAGUUUACGUAGAUGGAGUUUGGAAAUAUAAUAGAAAAUAUGGAGGAGCUUUACUCCUUUCGUAAGUAGAUUUACUGCUAUUGAUAGGUAGAUAGAGAGAUAGAGAGAUCUAGGAAGGUGGGUUUGAAAAAACAAUGGGCUAGUUGCUGG